AUGGACAAUGCGAACCCCGUUGUGCACGCCACACGUGCAUUGCGCACCCGCGACUCCGACAAGCAGGGAAGCGAAGAGAUGUGGUGGCACUCAGAGAGUUUGAUGCCACAGCAAGCCCUCUUUGCAUCGUCGGACCUGGACGAAGCGGAUGACGAACGUGCACAGCGCAUAGAUGCACGUGAAGUGUUCGAUUUGGUGCGGUCUGUGACAGAUCCAGAACAUCCACUCACGCUGGAACAGCUUGCAGUGGUCAACGAGGCACAUAUCACUGUGGAUGAAGGCGAUUACUCCGCUGGCCGGGCACCUUGUGUGCGCCUUGAAUUCACGCCGACUAUUCCUCACUGCAGUAUGGCCACCCUGAUUGGACUCUCUCUGCGUGUGCGCUUAAUGCGAGCCAUUCCGUCCCGGUACAAGAUUGAUAUUGCUAUUCGAGAGGGCACGCAUCAGUCAGAAGGCGCGAUCAACAAGCAGCUCAACGAUAAGGAGCGUGUGGCGGCAGCCCUCGAAAACAAGCACCUGCUUGGCGUUGUUCACGGAUGUCUGGCGACGUCAUCGUUGCGUGGCGCGACUGCGGCCUAA